AUGGAAGCCGGGAUCUUUUUGUUUCAUUACCUUGCUGUGACAGAAGAUACAAUAGAUUUGAUGUUAGCAACAGCUUCGAUGAAAACAGAAGAGAUUCAACAGUUUAUUGAUAAUUUACAAUUUGACGCAUUUGAAAACUUGGAGAUUGAAAAUGUAUUUGAAACACCUUCUUCGUUUGCUGACGAAACUAGUGUAGGAGUUUUUAUAACGAACAUAGCAGGUUUUUAUUUCCUUUCAUGGAAAACAGAAAUUCUUAAUAUAAUUGAUGAGUUAUUUAAAAAUACCUUGAGUGAAGAGGAAUACGCUGCGUUUAAUGGAAUGAAGUUACCUUUUGGAUUCCCGUUGUCAUGUAUAGAAACUAAUGCUGAAAAUUAUAUCGCAAGAAUAGAAUCAGCAACUGAAGAAUUCAAUUGGAUGAAAAAUAGUGUAAGAUCAUCUGCUAGAGCAAAUUAUUAA